UGUUUAGAUACAUCCAAUUUAAUAUUCAUUCUCAAAACAUAGAGAAAAGUCGAAGAUAGUUUAAUAGUGGAAAGGCAUGAGAGGUUCAAGAACAGCAUCUUCGGACAUGAGUGCUUGGUGUUCUGCUGUUGUGUUGUUGUCUUUAAUACUUUUGUUAUCUGUUCGUGAGAACAACGCUUCUAACUCGAUGAGAGGGUCUCAAUUCUCAGAGAAACCUUGUGAGGAGAUUUACGUCGUCGGAGAAGGAGAAACGCUUCAUACCAUCGGCGAUAAAUGUGGCGACCCGUUUAUAGUUGAGCGAAACCCGCAUAUCCAUGACCCGGAUGAUGUAUUCCCUGGUCUCGUUCUCAGGAUUGCACCUUUUUACUUCUCCAGAAAAGUAUCUCUUUAAUCGUCGUUGUAUCAAAUUAUCAAGAAGAGUGCGACUUUCGGUUAAAUCGAAGUUGUGUUCAAACUCCAUUGAUAUUCUCGAAGCUCCAUGUAUGAAGAUCAAUUAGCUUGUAGCUUUUCUCUUAUUCUUGGUGCUGGUUUGAUGUCUCUUCGAGCUGUUUGGGCUUGAAGUUACUUGGGCAUGUAUAUUACACAUGUUUUAGUUUCUUGAGCAUUUUUAGAGAAAAUCAAUCACAUUUUGAUUUAGAUUAUAGUAUAGAGAUUGCAAAAUUAUGUCUUUUUUACAAAAUUCCAAACCAUGUUUUCUGUUAAAAUGAUAAAUUGUGUUG